AUGUCUCUUUUAACUCGACCAAGUGUUGUUUUUGCUAUUGUAUUCGGAUGUUUUGCAGUAUUAGUACCACGAGUCUUUUUACCAUUAUUUCGAUCGAAACCACCAGUAACACCAUCACAUAAUUUGGAUGAACGUUUUCGUCGAUCACCACCAGCAAUGUCUCGUGGUGAACAUGGCGAUAGUAUUGAACAUAUUCCUGGUACACCACCACAUAUGCGUGGUGCACAUCCAAGUAUGAGAAUGCAUCAUCCUGGUGCUAAUAGUCAUCCACAAACAUCAUCUGAUCAUAGUAGUUCAAAAUCAAUAGUUACACUUGCUUUACCAAUGUAUACUGUUGGUAUUGGAGUUUUUUUUAUUUAUACAUGUUGUAAAUAUUGGUCAAAAAAAGAUUCGGAUGAAACUAAACGUAAAAAUCGUUAUUUAAAUAAUAAUCUUCGAUUGAAUAGUGAAAAACGAAAACAUCAAUAUGAUAUACUUGAUAAAGAUAGUGAAGAUGAAGAAGAUAAUAAAGAAGAUUUCUAUAGUGGAUUAGAUUCAGAUUAUAUUGAAUUUUUAAAAGCUAAAAAACAAAAAGCAUUAGAAGCUGAACGAGCUAUGACUGACGAACAAAAACAAAUGCAUUAUGCUCUUGAAGAAAUGAAAAAAUCUUUAUCAUUUAUUAGUUCAAAAUUAGUUACAAAAGAAAAUCGAGAUAAUUUAAACAAUAAUGAAAUUACUCAAUUACAAGAACGUCUUGCUUCAACAGAAGCUCAAAUGUGUAAAAUUUUAACUGCACUUGAUAUGGCUUCGGAAAAAGUUAAUGUUAUAGCUAAAACUGCGUCUAAUAAAUCUCAAAAGACUGAUGAUAAAUAUUGUUCUGCAUUAAAAUCACCUAGUGACGAUGAAAGUAAUGUUGAUCAAAAUCAAAGUUUACCAUCGUCCGAUGAAGAAAAUGUACCUAGUCAAGUAGAAGAAGAAGAAGAAGAUAAUGAUAAUGAAUAA